AUGGCGCCUCUACGCCGAUAUUUGAGGAUCACAAAGUACUCCGUUCUCGAGUGUCGCAUCUAUCUCGACAAUCCGGCAUUGGCACAAAGCUGGCUUCUCAAUCCUCGGAACCCCAUCUUACCCAAGGUCAUCGAGAGCGUCCGUCCAUUGGUGUUACCAAAACUACGUGAAGAGAAGGAGAGAGAAAGGGCAAAGAAGAAGAGUUCUAAAAAGAAGACUAUCAAGGAUGUUGUUGUCCAAGAUGAGUUUGAGGUCUCCAUGUUUUUGACCGAGACAAGUACGCGCCAUUCGCUGCUCACUAAGCACAAGCACUUCCGCGACAAAGCGCCCGGGAAGUUGCAGUCAAACUCCAACAAACUGAUAAACGAAACGAAUGACGUACCUAUUGAUCUAGACAUAGAGUCCGAGGCAGUCGCUGGUACGGUGCCUAUUCGGCAGGAAAGUGAAUCCGAGGACGACACUGCCGGCCUUUCCCGCAUCCCCGCUGUCGAUGAAACAAGCCGGCCUCGGCGAUCAAAAAGACAGCGCGGAGAACCUCGCGAUGAUCAAGAUGCCGACUACGCGACGACCUCGGACAAUGAUGCUGGCGCCGAGGCUUCGGCGAUUGAGAUAGACUCCGACGACGAUGCUCCCCGGCCGUCCAAGCGUGUCAAGAAGCAAGAGACUGGGUCCGACCUAGAGGAAGACGGCGACGACAAGAAGAAGAUGGCAAUGGAUGUCUCCUAUGAAGGUUUCGCGAUCUACGGUCGUGUGCUUUGCCUCGUUGUCAAGAAGCGCCAAGGUCUAAGAUUAGCAUCGUCGACUGCAGCUGGGGGUGCCAAGCAGCCUGCAGGUCAAGCCAGCAUGGAGAACUGGAUCAGCUCUACCCAGAUGCCCAACCCUGGUGCCGAGGAGGACGCACCAUGA